AUGUGUGGCAUUCUCGCCGUCCUCCUCGCGAGCCAGAACAAUGUCGCGUCCGAGAUUGCAGAGGGUCUCCAGCUUCUCCAGCACCGCGGGCAAGAUGCGUGCGGCGUGGUCACUUGCGGUCCCAAGGGCCGCUUCUACCAGUGCAAGGGCAACGGCAUGGUUCGCGACCUCCUCGACGCGAAGAACCUGAGCCAGCUCAUCGGCGGUAUGGGCGUCGGGCACGCUCGGUACCCGACCGCUGGUUCCUCUGCGCAAUCUGAGGCGCAGCCGUUCUACGUCAACUCGCCUUACGGUCUCGUCUUUGCCCACAACGGCAACCUGAUCAACACAGAGCACCUCCGCUACUACCUCGACCACUAUGCUCACCGGCAUAUCAACACCUCGUCCGACUCUGAGCUCCUCCUCAACCUCCUCGCCGACGCACUGCAAAAGACGGGCAAGUUCCGCAUCGAUGAGGACGACAUCUUCCGCGCCAUCCGCGAAGUCAUGCAGAUGACCUCGGGUGGGUACGCUUGCACGGCCAUGAUCGCAGGCUACGGGAUCUUUGGUUUCCGCGACCCGAACGGGAUCAGGCCAAUGGGAUGGGCGAAGCGCAAGAGCGAGACGGUGCCGGGCGGAUUCGACUACAUGAUGGCGUCGGAGAGCGUUGUUUGCGAUGCGCUUGGCUAUUCGGACUGGACGGACAUCAAGCCUGGCGAAGCCAUCAUUGUCACGCAGGACGGAGUCAAGACGAUGCAAUGCACACCGGCUCGCACGUUCGCGCCGGAUGUGUUCGAAUACGUCUACUUCGCCCGCCCCGACUCGGUCGUCGAUGGCAUCUCGGUCUACCGCGCACGGAUGGCGAUGGGCGACGCGCUGGCGGCGACGGCGAAGGCUCAGCUCGACAAGGCCGGCAUCAAGGUCGACGUUGUCAUCCCCGUUCCCGAUACUUCCCGCGUUGCCGCCCUCCAGCUUGCGCAGAACCUCAACAUCCCCUACCGCGAAGGCUUCGUCAAGAACCGCUACGUUGGACGCACCUUCAUCAUGCCCGGCCAGGAGCUGAGGCGAAAGAACGUCCGCCGCAAGCUCAACGCGAUGGCCCUCGAGUUCGCCGGCAAGAACGUCAUGAUCGUCGACGACUCGAUUGUGCGCGGGACAACCUCGAAGGAGAUUAUCGUCAUGGCGCGCGAGGCGGGCGCCAAGAAGGUCAUCAUGGCUUCUUGCGCUCCUCCCAUCCGCUACCCUUGCGUGUACGGCAUUGAUAUGCCGAGUCGCCAUGAGCUCGUCGCACACGACCGCACGGAGGACGAAAUCGCCGAGUACAUCGGCGCCGACCACAUCAUCUUCCAGACACUCGACGACCUCGUCUCCAGCUGCCAGCGCCUCAACCCCUCCAUCGAGCGCUUCGAGUGCUCCGUCUUCAACGGCGAGUACGUCACCGGCGGCGUCGACGAGGCGUAUCUCUCGCACAUCGAGGGCCUUCGCAACGACAACGCGAAGAGGAAGGCCGGUCAGCAGGGUGCCGGGCCCGCGCUCGUCAACAUCAACGGCGCCAACGCCUCGAACGUCGUUCUCGCAAGCCAACCGCUGGGCGACGUGACCGGUGGCGGCGAGGUCGCUGGCGGUGGCGACAUCAGCCAGGUCGUCGGCCUUUCGAACGAGAAUGCAGGUGAGGCGAAGGAGUCGCCCAGUAUCGUCGUUGGCCUCGACAACCAGCGAUAG